CCCUGCGGCUUUCCUGCGGCUGCGGGUAGAAGAAGAAGAAGACAGAAGUUAGGCUGGUUGGGUCAGGCAAAGUCACUUUUCAGUGUGCGUUUGAUCAGAUGCCCGGCUGGAGCCAUGGGCCCUGUCCUCUGCGUGGUGCUGCCAUGGCUGUUGCUUAUUGGAGAGCUUCCGAGAAGCUGUGAAUCUUCCUAUCAGGACUCUGGGCCUAUCAUUUGGGACAUGAGCUACCAGUCCCAGGGCCCCGGCUACCAGUCCCAGGGCCCCGGCUACCAGUCCCAGGGCCCCGGCUACCAGUCCCAGGGCCCCGGCUACCAGUCCCAGGGCCCCGGCUACCAGUCCCAGGGCCCCGGCUACCUACAGCAUGUAUUGGGCUACCCACAGCCCAAUCUCCUUGGCUAUGCACCCGGUCUGCACCCCGAUUUCAUACAGUGGCAGCCCCGGCUCCAGGUGUAUUUGCCAGGGCCCCACACCCAGGUCCUACAGCCCCAGUUCCUGGGCUCCCUGCCCAAGCCACAGACUCACGCCCAGCACCAGGUGCCGCAGCAGCAACUCCCUGGCUACCUGUCCAAGCUUCAGCACCAGGUCCUGCAGCACCACUUCUUGGCCUAUCCACCCGAACCGCACCCUCAGGUCUCGAUGCCUCAGUUUCCGGGGUACCCGUCAGAGCUUGAGACACAGAUCCAGCAUCCCCAUGUCCCACAACCCCAGGGCCUGGAAUACACAUCCAGGCCACACCAGUUCCUGGACUAUCCACCCGGGCUGCAACCCCAUGUUGCGCAGACACAAUUCCCAGGCUCCCUGUCUAAGCAUCAGACUUUGGUCCAGGACCACCAGUUCCCUCCACCCCAGUUCCUAGGUUAUCCACCCGGGCCACAGCCCCAGGAGCUGCAGCAGCCCCAGGUCCUGGAAAACCUGUCAAGGGCUCAGAACCAAAUCCAGCAACAGGUUCUGGAGCACCAGUUCCCACAGCACCAGUUCCCCGACUAUCCACCUGGGAUCCUCCCGCCCCCCAACUUUCCCACAUAUCCCCCCGGGGCGAUGAACCAGUUCCUGGGAUACCCUAAUGAGCCUCGUCCCCAGGUCUUGCAGCACCAGUUAUCAGGCUACCAGGCCAGGCCACCUUCACAGGUCUCACAUUCCCAGGUCCCAGGUUACCCAUCCAAGCCUCAGCCCCAGGUCCCUCCACAACAAGUCCUUCAGCACCAGUCCAAGCCUCAGAUUCAGGUCCCGCAACCCCAGGUCCGGCAACACCAGUUCCAGGGCUCUCCACUUGGUCUACUCCCUCAGGUCCCGCUGCCCAAGUUCCUGGAAUAUCCCCCCACUGCAAUUAAACAGUUUCUGGGCUACCCUGCUGGUCCUCAGCCCCAGGUUUUGCAACCGCAGGUUCCGGGUUACCCGUCGAAGCCUCAGCCCCAACCCCAGGUCCAGGGUUACCCGUCGAAGCCUCUGCCCCAACCCCAGGUCCAGGGUUACCCGUCAAAGCCUCUGCCCCAACCCCAGGUCCAGGGUUACCCGUCGAAGCCUCUGCCCCAACCCCAGGUCCAGGGUUACCCGUCGAAGCCUCUGCCCCAACCCCAGGUCCAGGGUUACCCGUCGAAGCCUCUGCCCCAACCCCAGGUCCAGGGUUACCCGUCGAAGCCUCUGCCCCAACCCCAGGUCCAGGGUUACCCGUCGAAGCCUCUGCCCCCCGUCGCGGCCUACCCUUCUCAGCCUGAGCCUCAGCCCCCGGUCGCGGCCUACCCUUCUCAGCCUCACCAUCAGCUCCCGGGCCCGGCCCACCCUUCUCAGCCUCACCAUCAGCUCCCGGGCCCGGCCCACCCUUCUCAGCCUCACCAUCAGCUCCCGGGCCCGGCCCACCCUUCUAAGCCUCACCAUCAGCUCCCGGGCCCGGCCCACCCUUCUCAGCCUCACCAUCAGCUCCCGGGCCCGGCCCACCCUUCUAAGCCUCACCAUCAGCUCCCGGGCCCGGCCCACCCUUCUAAGCCUCCGCACCAGGUUCUGCAGCCCGAGGGCUACCAGUACAAGUCUCAGCCUCCGCACCAGUCCACAGACUACCCAUCUAAGCCUCAGCCCCAGUUCGCUACAAGUGGGAGCAAUCAAAAUAUUCGAAAUAAAGGACGAUCUUGCUCCAACUAAGGAGUCUGUGUGAAGGGAUAACUGCUUGGGUUUUCCUGGUCAUCAUGUUAACUGCUACUUACCAUAGCUGAUGGGCCUCAUUGACUUCAACUGGUAGCUGGUUAGAGAAAUAAAAUGCAAUAUGCACAAAUUUGUAGUUGAAUCAACUUAUUUACAAGAUGAAAGGGCUCCUUUGGGCCAAGGUCUUUGCAGCCUUUGGGAUGUUAAAACUUAAAUCUCAUGGGUUUAUUUUCUUAACCUUUAACACUAACAUGGAGCAGCUUGAGUGGGUCAUUGUUUCACUGAAGCAAAUUAUUUCAUUCUAUUUAUCCAAUUGACUGCAAAUGAUUAUUACGGACAUGACAACUUGGAAAGUACAAUAAAGUUUUUAAAUUGG